AUGCAGAAUCUCGACCUGACCGCUUCGAAAUGGGCGAGUCCCGAUGUCCGUCGCGAGAGGGCAUCGCAGACGCAGGCCUGGACUCGAAGAACGCCCUCACCUCGUAAGGUGCCGUGGCAGCAGCAGCCACAACAGCCACAACAAGAACAACAACAGCAACAACUACCUUUGCCGACGGCCACACCAUUGUCGGAACCCGCCAGCUCGGCGCAGCAGCGACGCUAUCUCACCCGCCAGGCCGAGCUGCAGCGGUUUCGCCGCCUGUUCCGGCGCCUGGCGUGGAAAGCCAACAGUUUGACGCACUGGUCGCACCGCGCGCUCAGUCUGGCCCAGGAGCACCAGAGCCAACGGCAGCAGCAGCAGCAGCAGCAGCAGCACACGAACGGCAGUCUUGGAGACGAAGAAUGGGUUGCGUCAGGGCCUCAGGCGACGCUAGGCCCGUACGACCUGAUCAUUGACCCCGUAGACGCGGAGCGGCAGUUCAAGAUCGACUUUUACGAGUUCUACACCCUGCUGGAGCGGGGGCUUGUCUGUCUCCUGGGCGUGUGGGGGAUUGUGAUUACUGCUUCCGCGACAGCAGGAGUUCGAACGGCGGACAAUGAUGGUAAUGAUGAUGAUGACAAGACGGGUAUGGCAUCCAAGCCACACGUCGCCCACGGCAGAACCCCCCCUCUCUCGAAGCCCAUCAUCGGCGACUCGCUGUCCUUCCAGGGCGCGGCGCACCGCUUCCACGCCAACGUGCUGGCGGCGCUCGACCACGCGGCGAACCCGCUGCACGGGGUGCUGGGCACGGGUCCCGCGCGCGCGUACAUCGGCGUGGCCAAGGAGUUCCGCAACAAGUGGAAGGACGUCGAGUCGCGGCCGGCGGACUCGUUCCGGGGCGCCGCGCGGGUCGAGGAGGAAUGGGACCCAGCCAAGGUCCGGCGGUACGAGGAGGUGCUGCGCGACUUGAAGCUCGAGGCGCUGCUGGGCACCGUGCUCCGCGCGCUCGAGGAGGCCGGGCGCAUGGCGGAGCGGGAGAUUGCGCGGUUGGAAGCGUCUUUGGGGGCAGGAGGGCGAGGAGCUGAAGCCGGAGCCGGAGACCGGGGCGAGAGGAUGGCGCCUCACCGUCGCGACGUCGAUUGGGACAUGCAGGACGCGCCGUUCGAGGUGUUGGACAGGCCGAACGACGCGGACUACGAGAUGGAAUUUUGA